AUGGUGGCGCCUACAUUGGUGGAGGAGAGUAAGCAGAUUAAGGGAAUGACAAUGGAGGGUAAUACUUGGCAAGGGAAUGACUGGGAUUAUGAAUGUAAUAUAUUCACCAAUGUAACGUUUGCUCUAUUAAUGAAAAUUGCUUCAUUCCAUAUGAAAAUUAACAUGGUAUCAGAGCAAGACCAACUAAACCAAAUUCUUGUCAACACACCUCUUAACGGCGACAACUACCCGGCUUGGCAUCGAGCAAUCACUCGUGCCUUGAAUGCCAAGAACAAAUUAGGCUUUGUCCUCGGCACCAUCAAACAUCCUGUUGAUGAUACCGCAGCACAACUUUGGGACUGGUGCUGUGACAUGAUAAUGUCAAGGCUUCUACAUUCAAUUGAUCGAUCACUUACAGGCAACCUUCUUUACUGUGCCACACCAAACGAUUUGUGGGUCGAGUUAGAAACUCGUUUUCAACAAAGCAAUGGUACAAAGAUCUUCCAAUUGAAAAGGGAUUUAGCCAAUUUUCACCAAGAACAACAAUCCAUCACAACAUACUAUGGAAAAUUGAAGGAGUUAUGGAAUGAACUAGCCUCCUUACAGCAAAUGAAUCCAUGUACAUGCAGGGCCUCUAAAUCCCUCGUUGAAAUUCAAGAGACUGACAAGGUGUAUCAAUUCCUUAUGGGACUCAACGACAGUUUUCAGCAACUUAGAUCACAAAUUUUGGCUACAAAUCCAUUCCCUUCUAUAGUUCACUGCUAUGCUAUCCUUCAUCAAGAGGAAACCCAACGAUUGGUUCAAUUAUCCUCGCCUCGACCAGACGCCUCUGCCCUAGUUGCUCCUGCUCGUUCGACGCUACCAAAAACCACAGCUCAUUAUCAAUGUUCUUGGCCUACUAGAACAUCAAUUUGUGAAGCAUGA